AAGAGUCUUUAAGAACCCAUAUAAAUGCACCACAAACCCUCCCUCCACUUCGGCGCUUCUUUGUUUUUAGGGCUUCCGAUCGAGAGCGCGGCGGGCAAGGCAGGGAGUGAAGCCGUACCAGAGAACCAAACAUGGUGCACGUCUCCUUCUAUCGUAAUUAUGGAAAGACUUUUAAGAAGCCUCGACGUCCUUAUGAGAAGGAGCGUUUGGAUGCGGAACUUAAGCUUGUAGGUGAAUAUGGGCUUCGUUGUAAAAGAGAGCUGUGGAGGGUUCAAUAUGCAUUGAGCCGAAUCCGUAAUAAUGCAAGGAUGCUUUUAACUCUUGAUGAAAAGAAUCCGCGUAGGAUUUUUGAGGGUGAGGCCCUGCUUAGGAGGAUGAAUAGGUAUGGUCUUUUGGAUGAGAGUCAAAACAAGCUCGAUUAUGUCUUGGCUCUUACUGUUGAGAAUUUCCUCGAGCGUCGUCUCCAAACUCUUGUGUUCAAGUCUGGAAUGGCUAAAUCUAUUCACCAUGCUAGAGUGCUCAUCAGACAAAAGCAUAUAAGGGUUGGGAGGCAAGUGGUUAACAUCCCUUCUUUCAUGGUGAGAGUUGAUUCACAAAAGCACAUAGACUUCUCUCUUACCAGUCCAUUUGGAGGUGGACGCCCCGGAAGGGUGAAGAGAAAGAACCAGAAAGCAGCUGCCAAGAAGGCUGCUGGUGGAGAUGGAGAUGAAGAAGACGAGGAUUGAGUUACUGACUAGAAACUCAUCAUUAGAGAAUGGUAAAAGAUUAGCCAAGGGUCUCAGGUAACUGAGAUUAACCUCAACAACCUAUUUCCUGCAGCUAGACUUUUUCUUGUAUUGCAUUGAUGAGAAUGUUACAUCUCUUAGAAGUUUUGCGUUAAUUUUUUUGUUUCCCAUUUAGAGCUGUUUUUAUGGUGGAUGGAACUAGCUUUCAAUUUUGGACAAGCGUCUGUUUGAACUUAGUUUCCAUAGUUUUGUUGCCAUGAUUGGACCUCGUUACUCAUAACUCCUCCACAUCUUGAAUGUAUUGAGUUUAUUUGAUCUA